AUGGCCAACAACAGGGCUGCAAAAUCUGGAUUAGCUGCGGAAGCACAGAGAAAGAUCAAUAGCAAAUACAGCGAGGAGUUGGCUGAAGAAUGUCUGGAAUGGAUCAGACAGAUAACCGGGGAGCCCGACAACACAUCGGGGGACAUGGACAACUUCUUCGAAGUGCUCAAGGAUGGCACCCUUUUGUGCAAGCUUGUGAACAACAUCAAACCAGGAAUGGUGAAGAAG